CAGCCCAGUCCGUUUGACGUUUUACGUCACUUCCGCUGGUUUCUCGCUCUCCCGUUAGGGGAUUGGUGAGGCAAGAUGGCGGCGCCAGAGGAACAGGAAUUAUCUCAGGCGCAGACUGAGAAACUACUACAGUUUCAGGACCUAACGGGCCUAGAGUCCAUGGACCAAUGUCGUCGCACGUUAGAACAGCAUAACUGGAACAUUGAGGCAGCUGUGCAGGACAGGCUGAACGAGCAGGAAGGCGUUCCCAGCGUGUUCAACCCCCCGCCCACCAGACCCCUGCAGGUCAACACGGCCGACCACAGAGUCUAUAGCUAUAUCGUCUCCAGGACGCAACCCAGCGGGUUGCUAGGAUGGAGUUACUAUUUAAUAAUGCUCCCGUUUAGAUUUACAUACUACACACUACUGGACAUAUUCAGGUUCGCCCUGAGCUUCAUACGGCCGGACCCGCGGGGGCGAGUGACGGACCCCGUGGGCGAUGUCGUGUCCUUCAUUCACAGCUUCGAGGAGAAAUACGGACGAUCCCAUCCCGUCUUCUACCAGGGAACAUACAGCCAGGCUCUGAAUGACGCCAAGCGCGAGCUGCGUUUCCUGUUGGUGUACCUCCACGGUGACGACCACCAGGACACAGACGAUUUUUGCCGGAACACAUUGUGCACAGAGGAGGUUCUAACAUUCAUCAAUACCCGAAUGCUAUUCUGGGCGUGCUCCACCAGUAGGCCCGAAGGAUACAGAGUGUCUCAGGCCCUGCGGGAGAACGCCUACCCCUUCCUGGCAGUGAUCGUGCUCAAGGACCGGAAGAUGACGGUUGUGGGCAGGCUGGAGGGGCUCAUCCAGCCGGAGGACCUGAUCAACCAGCUAAACUUCAUCAUGGAGGCUAACCAGCCCUUCCUCACCUCGGAGAGACUAGAGAGGGAGGAGAGGAACCAGACGCAGGUGCUGAGGCAGCAGCAGGACGAGGCCUACCUGGAGUCUCUCCGCGCCGACCAGGAGAAGGAGCGCAAGAAGAGGGCGGAGCAAGAGCAGCGCCGGCAGGAGGAGGAGCUGGCGCGCCAGAGCGUCCUCGCCGAGGAGAGGCGGAGACAGACGCUGGAGGAGGAGAAGGAGCGCAAGUCCGAAUGUCUUCCCCCGGAACCACCUCUGGACGACCCAGACGCCGUCAAAAUUGUUUUCAAGCUGCCCAACGACUCGCGAGUGGAGAGGCGGUUUCUCUUCACCCAGUCUCUGACGGUAAUACACGACUUCCUGUUCUCCCUGAAGGAAACUCCGGAGAAGUUCCAGAUAGUGACAAACUUCCCACGUCGCGUCCUGCCCUGCCUCCCCACCGAGGAACAGCCCAACCCCCCUACACUCAAAGAGGCGGGGCUCAGCCGCUCCGAGGUCCUAUUCGUGCAGGACCUCACAGAUGAUUGACACCUACCAAACCUGUCAUUCACGGAAAGGAUCAUAUAUAUAUAUAUAAACGCAUAUAUAUAUUUUUAUUUCCCCUGCGCCCAUUUUUGUUUUUUGUCAUACACCCGUUGUGCACUGGGGAUCAGUGAUACAAACUAUUUGUGAAAUAUUAUCUAAAACCUCCCACCUCCUCCAGGACUGGACUUAAAAACAAAAAAUAAAAAAAGCAAAAAAAAAAACAAUUUCUUUUUUUUUCCCCUCAAGGAGUGUGAUGCGAACUGCCUGUACAUUAAUGACUUGGAUAUUUAAAAAAUAAUGAAGCCGUUUUUUUUUGUUUGUUUGUUUUUUGUCCUCUUUAAGGCCUGAGAAUUGACCAUAUCCUCUUAAAAAAAAAAGAAAGAAAAUUGAAUUUAACAUCGGUUGUAAGUGUAUUUGUUAUCAAAAGACCAAAGGAGUGUUAUUGGUAAUAUGAAAUGGACUGCUUGCGGUUCUAAAACUUAUUAAAAUUGGAGAAACACGAGAAAUGGUGACUGCUUUCACAUGUGGCUGUAGCCUACAUAGCAUAGUUCCAGUGCCUAGGGGAGUGCCUGUGGUAACUCAUAGAUGCCUAUUUUGCCCUUCUAAUACCUGAAGGGGCCGGUCAUGUCAAGAUGUCAUUUUCCAACUAUAAAUUAAAACAUUUUACAUUUUUGUUUUUCUAUUUAUUGAAAAUAACAUUUAGUUUUGAGCUCUGGAUGUUGUUUACACGUUUCCAGAGGUUUUGUGUUUCAAGGAGCUCCAUUGAUUUUAAUAUUUUUGUAGGUAUGUGGAAACCAAUAAUAAAAGAAAAUGGUUAUGCAAAA